GAAUUUGAACCACAUGGGGACAGAAUGUCAAUAACACCAGGGGAAUCAGUGUCUUCCACAAUCUGUUUCGCGGACAGAUUAACCUCGGCGAAACAACAACCGUCCCGGCAUUGAGGGAUGUUUUGCAUCUAGAAAGAAUUUAGGCUGAGGUUAGAGUGGCAUGGUAUUGACACAGCUGCCAUGCAACCAGAGACGGACGGCACAAGUUCCCGUACUGGCACCUCUAGCCUGGUGGUUGCGAAUUUAGUUGCAUUACAUCGGGGCACCCUGGUGGAGUUUCCAGCUUUUUGACCGGGAUAACAUCCGUCACCAAACGAUGGCAGACAGAGGCGUGCUAAUACUGACGAUCUUGUGUGUUCUGCGGAAUGUUGCCGGACGGCCAGACUUUGGCAUGAAUGGAGAUGUGGUCGGAAGCUCGAUAGCGAUCGAGACGUUCAGCAGUACGUCCUUCGUCAUGGGCGCACUGAGUGAUUACAAGAUCCAGCUCGGUUCGCAGUACCAGUUGCUCUACAACAUGCAGGACGCAUACUACUCCAUUGCGGAGAAGUUCACGUCGGUCGGCAUUGCACUGACGGACAAGCUCAUCCUCCUUGCGGACGAUGACUCGGGUAUAGUGGCGCCACCGUUCCAGUCUACCAUCGCGACCGUAUCCGAUCUGCAGACCAUCAUCAGUACCGGAUACACGCAGGAGUUCCUGACGCUUCAAAACCGUGACAAGCUGUUCAUCACCGAUCGACUGUCCGAUAGCUUCAAGUACAUCGCCCAAACGUUAACCCUGCUGGACGAAGCGCUAGCAGCACUCCAAACAGCAGCCGAACAGGCUCAGGUUGCGGCCGGUGGCAAUGGCAAACCUGUGUCCAAUGUGUCCUCCCGGAAUGUAGUUACUCCCCGGCUGAUCAACUCACUGCUAAACACGAUCGUGAAGAUACCGGCUGCCAUCUCACCACUGAUCUACUCCAUACACGAUCCACUCGCGCAGCUCGACAGAGCCGAUUCGUACAUUACUACUGCGAAAGGUGACAUAGAGGCGGCUCUCCUGCAAGCUCACCAAGAGGUGGUCAACUUUAACGGCAACGCACGCCAACUCAAGCAGGAAACAAACACUGUGAUAGCCUCGCUUGCCGCCGCUUACGACGAGCAAAAGGUGCAGAUCGUCGAUAUACUGCCGAACCUGCAAGCCUCCACCAACUACCCGUACGAGCUGACGAACGCACUGCAAACCUACGACGAAACGGCGUCGGUCCCUUCGAUCGAGGAGAAAACAUCCGUCGUGGACGUGACGAUCGAGGAGUACAUCGAGCAGGCGAAAACUUACGACGACGAUCUGGUAACGGUGUACGGUGACUGGAUCUGUCCCGCGCUGCGCGGUGUCGUGCAGGUACUGGUGGCGAGUGGUCCGUACGCGAACUACUGCUUCAAGAAAUACUCCCCGAGGGUGGUAGACUUGGCGGUGCACAACUUCUACGACGUUGGUGAGUGCUACGAGCUGGAGCUGAGCCGGCUCUACUCCGUCAACCGACUCAUCACCAACAUCAUCAAUCUGGUGAUGUACAACUUUGCCGAGCUGUUCGAGAACCUGAACACCUGCGCUAUCAUUCAGCCGUGUCCGACCGCUUGCGAUCCUUGCGUUAAUACGCUCGGCAAGCUGCUCGACACCCAGUCCCGGCUGAUGGAGGAGAAGUUCGACCUUAUACUGCAGAUCGUCCCGUACGAGGCGAAGGCGAGCCUUCAGCGGCUUAAAUCGUGCAACGCGUUCACUAAGUAUAAGCUGGUUGCUGAUGCGUACGAUCUGCUGCAGGAUGUUUACCAAUGCGAGGACACUGGGUACAACCAACCGCAGCAGUGAAACGACGUUGGAGGGUGAAGGAUAACAAUAAAGAAAUAGGUUUUAAUUGUAGAAUUAGGG